UAUCCGAGAACCACAACAGUUUCACUGACAAUGACAGUAAUAGAUAUAGACGAUGAAACACCAAAGUUUAUAGAUAUGUCAUCAGAUUGUACCAGGAAAUGUAAAGACUGUUUCGUUAAAUCUUUCAUUGGCAAUGUUUCGUAUGAAAACAAGGGGGAUGUGACAGUUAAUCCACAAAUGAUUGCUGAGGACAUAGAAAUUGUCAACAAAUCUGUAAUACUGUACUAUAUCAGAGGAGUUUAUCCCGAAUCAUUCAGCAGUUUGUUUUCAAUAGAUUUAAACAAUGGUUCUCUAAGCUUAAUAGAAUCAUUCCAAAACGCAACAAAUGAUACUAUUAAAGAUGAUUUCAGUGUUGUGUUGUACAUUCAGGCUAUUAGUAACAGAACAUUACUUGGUACUAUGAAUGUUACAUUAAAUCUGACAGUUGUUGUUCCACCAGAGAUUACAACAUUUCAAGCAUCAACAAUGGAGGAGACAACAACGGAAGAAGAAACAACAACAAUAGAGCAAACAACAGUGUGGCAGACAUCAACUGAACCUACUUCACCGGAAGUUAAAACUACGCAUGCUCCUACUACAGAACCAAUAAUGUCCGGCAGUAAAACAAAUGAUGAUGAUUUAAUAGUCAUUAUUGUUCCGAUUGUUGCUGCUGUGUUGGUUAUACUACUAAUUAUAGUGAUAUUUGCAAACAGAAGAGCUGCAGCCGCAAAGAGAAACAGAUAUAUAAUGGAGAAAAAAAGCCAUGAUAUAAACGGCAUAGAAACACAUUGAAGAAUGAUUCUAACAUGCAUUCUAAACAUGCAAAAUGUGAUCAUAUUCUUUGCAAAUUUUAAAAACAUAGUACCAUAUUUAAUAUUCGUAUAACUAUGUAUUGCAGAUAUUUUAGUGACAAUAGAAUGUAAUAUCGAUUUAACGAAAUUUGUUAAGCAGAGUCUUAAAAAAGAAAUAAGUCGAAAUUAUCUUAUCCUGACAGUGACUUUUUAUCUUUGUUCUUUUCGUUAAAUAAUAUGCCUUUAAAUUAUGAUUAAUUAUG